UCGAUUUCGGAACACCAUGCUUUAUUUUGUUUAAUUAAAUUUAAACAUACUAGCUUUCUAUUAUUUGAUUAAUAAUGAGUCUACAUUCAUAAAAAAUCUACACGAUGUAUUGUAUAGAGUAACUGUUAAGGUUUGCCCUCUAAAUUGUUAUAAAAAGUAGUGUCAUUAGUUUUCGCGAUAAAAGUUCGUCUGCAUUUUGCAUCUUGCUAGAUAACGACACUUACGGGAAUCUGAUGUAGCAUAGCCAUAGGCACUGAGCCAAAGCUAAGUUGUGCAGCAUUCUGUGGAUGGUGUUCCAGAAUCACGUUUUGGGGAUCUUUAUUGGUACGGAAGAACACCAAUGGCCAGUCAGUGGCCAUUUCCGGAUUCCUAUAUGGCGGCUCCUGAUAUUCCGUCGGAUAUAGAUUUUUACCGAGACAGAAAUGUGGCACGGCCAACUUUUCAAGGACGGAGUCCGCCCCCACGUCAUAGAAGUAGAGAAAGACGGUUCCGUAGUAGAAGUCCACCGAGAAAUGAGAAUGAGUAUUACAGGAGCCAGAACAGCCGAAACUAUUAUAAAGAUAGUGAUGUGCAUUUUCCGAAACGAAGCCGACAGCGUUUGCGUAAUGAUGACCAAUGGAGUAGGAAAAUGAACCAAGAUAGAACAUUACACGACAACGAGAGAAGUUCUAAAAGAAGUCCAAAUCAAUCAUACAGAUCCCAAAGACAUAGAACAGAAACAUACAAAGGGGACCUCGACGAUACUAAAAGAGGGGAAGAAAGGUCAUCAAGUGAUCGUUCUCACAAAUCAUCAGAAAAACGAUCAUGCAAAAAUGGAGAUAUAAUUAAACCCGGUGACAACGUAAUAACUGGCGAAUGUAUAAGUGAAAAACAUCCGCUUUUAACCGAUGAUGUUUCAUCUGACGAUCUGAGGGACGAUAUUCUCAAUGCAGAAACUGAAGAAAGGGUAAUCUUUCAACAACCUGAUAGUGAUGGUGGUUUGUUAAUAUCUGUUCAAAUUGCACAAAGAGAACCGAAACACACUGAAAACAAAGAAAAUAUAUACGCGGCUCACAAAGAGUCAGGAAACGAAAAAAUAUCAGAGCCUUCACAGUCUUGUGUACCCUCAAAUGAACAGAGACAGACUGGAAAGAUUUCUCCAGCUAAAGGCGAUAUCAAUAUUGAAAUGAAAGCACUUGACGAAAAAAUAAAAGCACAAAAAGCCAAGUUGAAAAAACACCUUUCGCCGGAAAGUUUAAAAAACAUUGGUUUAGUUUUCCCAGAAAAAACGAAUGAAAAUCCAAAACAUGAUGACGAUUCUUCAGAAAAUAAAGAAUCCGAUAAUGACCAAACGCUUAAAACAUGCGUUAAUGAUGACACUGUUGAAAAAUUCGAAAAUGCUUCUGUUCAAAUAGAAACCAUACCAGAGCCUGAAAAACUUAUUACGACCAUUUUGGAAAACACAGAAAAACUAAAUUAUGGUGAAUGUCUAGGGCAUAGUGCUAUUAGCAUAUUGUCAACCAAUGUAUCAAACCAAGGAAAUGAUACGGAUAUUGUCAAUACAACAAAAAGUAAGACAAAUCGAUCAAAUAACCAUGACACCUCGAUGGGUAAACUUAAUCAGACAUUUCAGGAAUUGGAAAAGGACAAAAGCAUUGCCUCGUGGGCACGACUGUUGAAAAAAGCCGUGUCUUCCAUUGGCCAAAAUGUAGUAAGUAGCAAAACCGUUGUUAGUCUCUCAAACAGUAAUGCUAAUGACAAACAAGUUGAGUCUUCGAGUUCACAUGCCAAUAAUACAGAAAUAGAUCGAAGUGUUUUAGUUGCUAGUACUGAGGAGGGCAAGUUUUCUUCCGAAAACUCGCCUAAUAGUUCUGAAAGUGAAUUGAAUAAUAAAGCAAAAACGCAAUGCGUAAUGUCAUCAUCAGAAGUAAAUAUAUUGUCUGACAAACAUGAACAAACGAACGAUGUAAAUUUAUCGAAAGUGAAUGAAGAAACUAAAUCCGAUAACCAUUCAACAUUGAAGGACAAAAACGAACCGGAACUUAUUGAUCAGCCUUAUUCAAACUUGGAACAGAAAACCAAUUUACCAACAGAAAAUAAUCAAUUAAAACCAAGUGCUUAUCCUUAUGUGCAGAAAAGCCAUAAAAAUGAUGCUAAAACUGCUUCGGGCAAUAAAUUAGGAGGAAAAGACCCGCAAUCAAAACAACCUGGGCGAGCCGAAAAAGUAAAACAAAUAAAUGUACAGCAUUUGAGAAAUGUAAAAACCGACUGUUUAAGUAAAGAUACACAGAAAACCGACCCUGUAAAGAACAUUGUAGGAUCUAAAUCUUCAUCUAGUGUUAAUAAGUCUGAAUCUACGUUUAAAGAAAAAGUCAACUGUGGGCCAUUUGUGAAGAAACCCGAAGUUAUAGCGAAAACAAUUUCUAGCAAAAUCGUUAAGGAUGAUACGGAACAGUUACCACAGGUAGCUCACAGUUGUCGUCAUAGCGGAACAAACGAUAAGAAAAAGAACAGUUCAAUGUCAGCUGACAAAGAUACCAGUGUAAAAAACGAGCGUCUGAGUACAGAUUCUCAGAAAACUCUUUCCUUAACGAAAAGUGAAGUUUCUAAAACUGCAUUUAGCGUUAAAAAGUCUGAUUCUUUGAUGAAAGAUAAAGCCAAAGUCAACGGUGAGCAACUUGUUAAGAAACCUGAAGUGGAAGCAAAAACAAUUUCUAGCAAAAUCGUUAAGGAUAAUGCGGGACCGUUACCACAAGUGGCCCACAAUCGUCGUCAUAGCGGAACAAAUUCAGGUGCUAAAAGCAAUUUAAUGUCAGCAGACGAAGAUAAAGACCGAAAAAGGCGGCUCUCUGCACCAUGUGAAGUAAGUAGAAAACGAGACAGUUUAAAGAAAACAGAGAAAACACAAGACGGUAAAUAUUUCAAAUUAGGUGAAAAGGAAAGUGUCAAAGAAGUGGAGAAAAGGAAAGAAGUUUUUAAGAAAAUAAAACAUUCAGAAAAAGAAAAGGCACCUGUCAAUAAAUCAUUUAAACAUGAGGAAGAACCUAACGCUAAAAGUUUAAAACAAAAAACGAUCGUAAAUAAGUCCAAGUCAGUGCAUGAGGACGUUGCAAAUGAGAUUGGUAAGGAACAUGACAAACCGAGAGUACAUUCAGAACUGCGGAAACAUGAUAAAUCAGAAAAUUGUCCCAUUACAAGUGAAAACAUUCAGGAGGGCUGUAAUGGAAAGCGUGACACUGAAGACGAUAUUGACAUGGAUGAUUUUGAAAUAAUAGACUUACGUCCUUCAAAAGUCGCUGUGACUUCUGAAAAUGCUGUAAAACCUGAUAUUUUGGAUAUGAAGAACCUUAAAGAACAUGUAGAAGUAAAGUACUGCGAUGAUCGCGUGGUAAUUAAAGGACAAUCACAAAAGAAGAAAUUUAUAGAAAGGUUAAAGCCUUUAACUUUUUCUGAUGUCUCUGAUGAUGAAAAGAGCUCACAACGCGCAACACAGACACCACAAAAGCCGCUAAAGAGAAAACGAAAACAGAAAGUGCAUAAACCUAUGAUGUUCAAUUCUGAAGACUCAAGCGACAAUGACUUACCAGAAAGUCCGUUUAAAAUCAGUAAAAAAGACUCGGAUAAAAGUACGGAUAAUAAGUUGGAAAAAAGCAUGGAUAUUCUUCCAGGAAUGAAUGAAUUUAUGAAAAUCGACAAAGCUGUGUAUGAGAGGGGAUUUGAUGUGCGUCAUGAUAAAAUCUUAGAAAACGAUGACAUAAUUACAACAUUCGGACUUUUGAAACCUGAAUAUCUUUAUGUGAAAACAGACAUGACGGGGCACGCUUUGUUGGGAAAAUGCGUGAGAUGUAAAUGUUGCAAGCAGUUUUUUAAUCCAUUAGAUUUCUCAGAACACCACGAUGAAGCGUCAGUUCGUGCACUUAUUGCAAUUGAUAAAUGCUCCAUGAUGGACUAUACAUUAUGCUCCACUGAUGCGAGUGAAAACAUCAGAGAAGUCUUCAAGCACUUCCAGGAUUACUUUCACCAACUUAGAAGCAAACGAAGAUUGAGCCAGUUGGAUAUCAUCUCAAGUGUAACUUCCUUCUCUCCUCCGCCAGUGCGUGAAUAUGUGCAGGUUCUUGAUGGAUCGUUAUUAAAUAGUCAUACUGUCGUUAGAAGUGAUUCAGCCCCAAACCAGUCUACUCCGGGUCAUGCUUCCGUUGUAGAUACCGCACCCUCAGUAAUGGAUACAGAGCCGAGGAACUGCUCUAUAAGUUUCACUGAAACGUUGAAAAAUCAGAAUGUGGUCUCAAGAAGGCCUUCCAUAGAAGCGAACUCGGGCUUGACUUCCCCUCCAAUAUUUAAUGCUUCCACACCUCUGUUCAAUCAAUUGACACUGCCUUUAAUGGCAAUCGGGUUUGAAUCGACACCUUCUACUCCCAGUUCAAUAACAGACAGCAUACAUGAAAAAAACAUUGAAGAUGCCUUCCCCAUGGACGAAAGUGUUGUAUUGGAGAAACAGGAUAGUCCUGGUUCUGUUGAGAUAGAAAGCGAAAGAAACCGGGAUGUUGAUCCGGCUAUCGAUACGACUGAUGUCAAUAAGGCGACGUCUUCUGAAACAACAGAUGUAAAUGAUAUAGAGAAGAAAAGAAGUGAAGCCAUUGAUCAUUUGUGUAGGCUGUAUGGAAUAAAUACACCUAACAGAUACACGAAUGUCGCUCUGCUGGUAACCGCGCUUCACAUCGACAAUACAAAGCGAUACAUUGAAGAACAGAAUAUAGCACGAGGAAACCUCAUUUAGAUUUAGUGCUGUAGUAGUCAAUUGUUUAAUUUGUGCUCUGUUACUGUUAUUUCUGUUUGCGUGUGUUUUCGAUUAUGUUUCAAUUACUUCUUUUAUGGCAUGUUUUCAUAUUUAAUCUUAUGUAAUCGAGGUAAAGAAAAACUAUUUUAAAAUGAA